GUAGACAAGUUUUAAUGCCGUAGCCCCGAGUGAGUGGACCUGUGUUUACAAACACCUCGCUUUCCGGCGCCGGCUCCAGACUCUUGUGGCCACCAAGUUGGACUGGCAAGCAGUCAUUGGGAGGACAAACCCUUCAUGCAAACUGCACCUACUAUCAAGAAGAAGGACUGACAGGACACAUGUGGUUGCCUUUGGGUUAGGCUAAUCAACCCAACAACGUAACAUAACCGUAAAUAACAGUAAUGGCAUUCAAGCGGAUUGUAGCAUUUUAUCGUAAAAUUUUAUUUCCCAGUCCUGUGAAGCCUCCAUUUGUUCAUGUAUGUCAAGUAGGAGACCCAGUUUUAAGAUCAAAAGCCAUGCCUGUACCACCCGAAAAUAUAUCCACUCCAGAAAUACAGCAGAUAAUUUCUCAGAUGCAGCAAGUAAUGAAAAAAUAUGAUGGAGUUGGUCUUUCUGCACCCCAAAUAGGCAUCCCACUCAGAAUAAUAGCACUUGAGUUUUCACCAGAGAGAGAAAAAGAAAUUGGCACUGAAGUUUAUGCUGCUCGAGAAAUGUCACCAUUACCAUUCACAGUAUUUUUAAACCCCAAAAUGGAAGUUCUUGACUUCAAGAAAAUUGUGUUUCCAGAAUCUUGUGAGAGCUUGAGAGGAUAUAGUGCCAUGGUGCCUCGGUACAAGGCAGUGAGAUUAACAGGUGUUGAUCAAAAAGGAGAGCCCAUAGUGCUGGAGAGCAAAGGAUGGAUAUCAAGAAUAAUACAGCAUGAAAUGGAUCAUCUUGAUGGGAUGUUAUAUAUCGACUUAAUGGACUCAAAAAGUUUUCAAAAUGAUGCAUGGCACAAAAUCAAUGUAUACCAAGGUAGAGUGCAGAUACAAUUUUAUAAAAAAUGACCAAAAUCCUGAAACGUUUAUUUCAGACAAUGCUGUAGUAAUAUUAGUAUACUACUGAAUAUGUAAGUUUGUUCUGUAUGGAUACAUACUGGUAAAUGUUUAUAUACUCUUGUGUAUGUAUCAAAUAAAAUACAGUACUGAAA